AUGAUCCAUGGACGCAGUUUGUUUCACAUUGUAGCAAGUUUAAUCAUCCUCCAUUUGUCUGGGGCAACCAAGCAAGGAACAGAAAAGCAAAGCACCUCAGAAACGCAGAAGUCUGUGCAGUGUGGAAGUUGGACAAAACAUGCAGACGGAGGUGUCUUCACCUCUCCGAACUAUCCCAGCAAGUACCCCCCUGACCGGGAGUGCAUCUACAUCAUAGAAGCCGCCCCAAGACAGUGCAUUGAACUUUAUUUUGAUGAAAAGUACUCUAUUGAACCUUCUUGGGAGUGCAAAUUUGAUCAUAUUGAAGUUCGAGAUGGACCUUUUGGAUUUUCUCCAAUAAUUGGACGUUUUUGUGGACAACAAAAUCCACCUGUAAUAAAAUCCAGUGGAAGAUUUCUAUGGAUUAAAUUUUUUGCUGAUGGAGAGCUGGAAUCUAUGGGAUUUUCAGCUCGAUACAAUUUCACACCUGAUCCUGACUUUAAGGACCUUGGAGUUUUGAAACCAUUACCAGCGUGUGAGUUUGAGAUGGGCGGCCCUGAAGGCAUUGUGGAGUCUAUACAAAUUAUGAAGGAAGGCAAAGCUUCUGCUAGCGAGGCCGUUGAUUGCAAGUGGUACAUCCGAGCACCUCCACGAUCCAAGAUAUACUUACGAUUCUUGGACUAUGAGAUGCAGAAUUCAAAUGAAUGCAAAAGGAAUUUUGUGGCGGUGUAUGAUGGAAGCAGCUCCGUGGAGGAUCUGAAAGCCAAGUUCUGCAGCACCGUGGCCAACGACGUCAUGCUCCGUACAGGUCUCGGGGUCAUCCGCAUGUGGGCGGACGAGGGCAGUCGCAACAGCCGGUUUCAGAUGCUCUUCACAUCCUUUCAAGAACCUCCCUGUGAAGGCAAUACAUUCUUCUGCCACAGUAACAUGUGUAUUAACAAUACAUUGGUUUGCAAUGGACUCCAGAACUGUGUGUACCCUUGGGACGAAAAUCAUUGUAAAGAAAAGAGGAAAGCCAGUCUGCUGGACCAGCUGACCAACACCAGCGGGACUGUCAUUGGCGUGACUUCCUGCAUUGUGACCAUCCUUAUUAUCGUUUCUGUCAUUGUGCAGAUCAAACAGCCUCGUAAAAAAUAUGUCCAAAGGAAAUCGGACUUUGACCCGACAGUUUUCCAGGAGGUGUUGGAACCUCCUCAUUAUGAGGUAUGCACCCUCAGAGGGACAGGAGCUGCAGCUGACUUUGCAGAUGUGGCCGAUGACUUUGAAAACUACCAUAAACUGAGGAGGUCCUCUUCCAAAUGCAUUCAUGACCAUCACUGUGGAUCACAACUGUCCAGUACGAAAGGCAGCCGCAGCAACCUCAGCACAAGAGAUGCUUCUGUCUUGACAGAGAUGUCCCCACAGCCCGUCAAACCCCUCAUCCCACCCGUGAACAGAAGAAGUAUCCUCGUCAUGAAACACAACUACUCCCAAGAUGCUGCAGAUGCCUGUGACAUCGACGAGAUUGACGAGGUGCCGACCACGAGUCACAGGCUGUCCCGACACGAUAAAGCCGUCCAGCGGUUCUGCCUCAUUGGGUCUCUAAGCAAACAUGAAUCUGAAUACAACACAACUAGGGUCUAAAAAGAAAAUUCAAGACUGCUUGAGAAUAGUGCGUUCCCGAGUGAUUUUGAACAUGCUACAGUGAAAAGUGAGAAUAUGGACCAUGGAAACACCAGCUAGAGGUUUUAUGGACUAUAAACAUCUGUUGUUGUAUUAAGAUUAAAUGCAGCCAAAAGUACCGAGUAAAAUUACUGGAGUGCAAUAAGAAAAAUCUCAUUUUUUGUCUUUCCUAUAUACCCCCAUUUCCUUUUUAAAAAAAAAAAAUCAAAGGAAGAUACCGAGUUUCAGAAAUAGUUUUGAAAUCAGGUAUUUUACCGUUCAUACCCUUCAGUAGAAAUGAUUUUUGAUUAAGCACUUAGCAAUAUGAUUGAUUGACAGUUUGAGAAAAUACCCUGCAUGUCAGUACUGGAUAUUUGAAUUGGAAAAAUAUCCUUUUUAUUAGACACAUUGUAAAAAGCAUGCAUUCUCCAAUACUGCUGUUACUCUUCCAUUUCCUUGUGUCAUAUGCUUGCUACUUGUAACUUUUUAUAUAAAGAUAUAUAAAAAUGUAUAAUAAUUUCCUAACUUGA